CUGUCCUUCGGCUUCUCCACAAAAAGCUACAUCAAAACUCUGCGCACAACCCAAUCGCAGUGUGCCGGCGAAUACGCUUUCUUCGCAAUGUCGAACAGAUUCGGACGCGACACCUCGCGCAAUUCCCUCUUCAGCACCUACGACCGCAGUACCUCGCCUUCGAAGAACAAACCCUCGCGCUCACCCGGCCGACCAACUUCGGGCUACGGAUACGGCUACACACCUCCAUCCUCUGCAGACCAUCUUGCUGCUUCUAACGGUCCUGCAUUCAGCGCAUACCCCAGCGCAAGCGCAAACGGGACAAUAGGAGCGCAGGCAGCGUUUCGACCUGCGACGCCGAAUUCUAGGGGCCAGUAUUCAGAUGCGGUGUUAAGUGAGCUGGAAAGCCAGAAUGAUGAUCAAGUGGGCAUUUUGACGGGGAAGGUGCGGAUGUUGAAGGAUUUGACAUCAGCCAUCGGCGACGAGAUCCGCGACUCGACUACCCUCGCCGAAAAAAUGAACGACUCUUUCGACAACACGCGGUUAAAACUGCGGGGCACGAUGAACCGAAUGCUAAGGAUGGCUGAGAAGACUGGUGUAGGCUGGAGAGUCUGGCUGGGCUUCUUUGCAGCUGUGAUAUUUUUGUUUUGGUACGUGUGGUUGUUUUAAACGCACAGUGGCCCCUUAUACAGGCGUUACUUUAAACGUUUAAGAGUUGGGGGGCGUAUAUACGGGUGUAUGGAGAGAUAACAGGAGUUCCGCGCGAUAUCUAGACGCAAAAGGGGAGGGUUUGGGUUGUGCUGUUAGUGGAACUUAAUGCAUAGAUGGCGUUGGGGGUUAACUUUUGAAAGAAGGGCAGCAUACACCAAUCAAUUGGUAAACUUCACAGUACCUAUAUUCCUAAUGUAAUAAUCACGGUUCUCACGCAAGCAACAUCUUCAACGUAACCUCCUGUUUUAUGGAUGCCGGCUAUGUUGCAGCGCCAAGAACCUGAGCGCAAAAACAAUCAAGUUCAG